UGCGUGCAAAGCAACAUUCGUACUCUGCUUUGCUGGGUCGGUCUAUUCGACGGACUCUCCACCAGAUGGCUUCUGCAAUAGCUGCGGUCUCUGCUCCGGCCUUCCUUAUGCUCGCCAAACCUUCUCCACCUCAGGCCGCUCUUUGGUCUAAGGAUUUGAUUCUAGAGCCGUGCAUCGGUAACUACCGAGGAUGCAAGCCCUCAAAUGUCACAUGCAAGUCAAGUUUGCAGGCCAAUCUUUUAUCGUCAAGCAACAUUUGUGCGCCGGGUUUCUUGUCUUCUACAGGAACAUGGCAUAAACACCCUGUCGCUUUAUCAUCACAGUUUCUGGGUGAAGAGGAAGGUGACUUGCUGCAUAAAAACCACUUCUUAGCUAGACAGCGAAAAUCACGUUUUUCACCAAGAGCAUGCAAGGAUGAUAUAUUUAAAUUUAACUACCCUGUGAUAACCGAGAAGCCAGAUUGGUGGUGGAGGACUUUGGCAUGUGUCCCUUAUUUAAUAGCUUUGCAGAUUUCCAGCGCGGGAUAUUUUAUUCAGCCCUUGGCAGAACAUUAUGAUAUUUUUGAAAGUUUCGUUUACUUUGUCCCAGGAGCUAUUAGGAGAUUACAUCCAUGGUUCUCAAAGAUAUAUUCCUACAUUGGUAUUGGAAUUGUGAAGGAUAAAGAUUGGCCUCACUUCUUCAGGUUCCAUCUGAUGAUGGGCAUGUUAUUGGAGACUGCCUUGCAGUUAAUAUGGUAUACAGGCAAUGUUUUUCCACUCAUACACUACAACGGCAGGUUUGGGAUGUAUUUCUGGGCUGGCAUUGGAUUCUUCUACAUCUUAACCUUGUUAAUAUGUGUUAGGAGUGCUCUUGGUGGCAAGUAUGCUCAUAUCCCUUUUGUUAGUGAUGCUGCAUAUAUUCAUACACGGUUUAAUAUAGUGAGUUUUCAGAGGCCGUUCUAGGAGGCGUGCAGUCAUCUUUCAAGAUUUCAACUAGCGGAGGUCCCUUGGUGGUGUCAAAGACACAGCAAUUGGUAACCAUGAUGAGGCUAUUUGAGGAGUGCAAGAGUUGUAGGGGAUUAAAACAUGUAUACAUUUUUCCUUCAAUUUUCUUUUUGGAAAACUUAUGGACUAUGAAUGCAGAUGGAAUGUAGCAUGUCAUUAAUAAAGUUGAUUAGAAUAUCAA